GAAGCCCGGAGCCGUUUGGAACGGAUUACCACGCAGCCAAUUCACAAAGUGAUUUUCAACGUUUCACCCUGGCCACCAGCACUGCCCUGUUGGCAAAUGCUGGGUUGCACCGUAAUUCGCCCCGGAGCUCCAGUGUGGCGGCAGGGAAACUCCGGGCCCGGCCGGGUGACCCUCACGAGCGUUUAACCCGCAUGCCUCCAUCUGGCAGUCGGCUCGGACCCGCGGCGAGUGAAUCCGAACAGGCGCUUCGCGGGAGGACGGUUUUGCUGAAGAAGCAGAGCAAAUUGCUCUGGAUGAACUUGGCGGAACUUGGCGGCCCACAAGCUUCAGCACAAGGAUGUUCCAAAACCAUUCAAGUUGGGGCUCAACGAGCUCUGUGCCUUGGCCUUGGAACGCAA